AAUUACGGAUGAGAAACCUUGGUGGAAGAACGGCAUUAAAGAUCAAAAGCAUGAUGACUCCUGAUGAGAACAUCCCCAAAUGAUGAACCCGCAAGCAAAGAGGAACUUCUACUUGGCGGCACCUGACUUGCUGGACCCUAAAUCUGCCGCUCAGAACUCCAAACCGAGGCUCUCGUUUUCCACGAAACCCACAGUGCUUGCUUCCCGGGUGGAGAGUGACACGACCAUUAAUGUUAUGAAAUGGAAGACGGUCUCCACGAUUUUCCUGGUGGUUGUCCUCUAUCUGAUCAUCGGAGCCACCGUGUUCAAAGCAUUGGAGCAGCCUCAUGAGAUUUCACAGAGGACCACCAUUGUGAUCCAGAAGCAGACAUUCAUUUCCCAGCACUCCUGUGUCAAUUCGACCGAGCUGGACGAACUCAUCCAGCAAAUAGUGGCAGCAAUAAAUGCAGGGAUUAUACCUUUAGGAAACACCUCCAAUCAAAUCAGUCACUGGGAUUUGGGAAGUUCCUUCUUCUUUGCUGGCACUGUUAUAACAACUAUAGGAUUUGGAAAUAUCUCACCGCGCACAGAAGGGGGGAAAAUAUUCUGUAUCAUCUAUGCCUUACUGGGAAUUCCCCUCUUUGGUUUUUUGUUGGCUGGAGUUGGAGAUCAACUAGGGACCAUAUUCGGAAAAGGAAUUGCAAAAGUGGAAGAUACAUUUAUUAAGUGGAAUGUUAGUCAGACCAAGAUUCGCAUCAUCUCAACCAUCAUAUUUAUACUGUUCGGCUGUGUACUCUUUGUUGCUCUGCCUGCGAUCAUAUUCAAGCACAUAGAAGGCUGGACUGCCCUGGACGCCAUUUAUUUUGUGGUCAUCACUCUAACAACUAUUGGAUUUGGCGACUACGUAGCAGGUGGAUCGGAUAUCGAAUAUCUAGACUUCUACAAGCCUGUCGUGUGGUUUUGGAUCCUUGUAGGGCUCGCUUACUUUGCUGCUGUCCUGAGCAUGAUUGGGGACUGGCUCCGAGUGAUAUCCAAAAAGACAAAGGAAGAGGUGGGAGAGUUCAGAGCCCACGCCGCUGAGUGGACGGCAAACGUCACCGCCGAGUUCAAGGAGACCAGGAGGCGCCUGAGCGUGGAGAUCUACGACAAGUUCCAGCGCGCCACCUCCAUUAAGCGGAAGCUGUCGGCGGAACUCGCCGGGAACCACAACCAAGAGCUGACCCCGUGCAGGAGGACCCUGUCCGUGAAUCACCUGGCCAGCGAGAGGGACGUCCUGCCUCCCUUACUGAAAACUGAGAGUAUCUAUUUGAACGGAUUGACGCCCCACUGUGCAGGCGAGGAGAUUGCGGUGAUCGAGAACAUUAAAUAGCCCUCUCUUUGAAGAGCCUUAGGCGUAGCCAUAGGUGAGGACUUCUGUAUGCUCUUUAAUGACUGUUGCUGGUAGCAUUUUUAAAUUGUGCAUGAGCUCCAAAGGGGGAAACAAAAUAGAUAACACCCAUCAUGGUCAUCAACCAUCAAGAGAAUUUGGAAUCCUGAGCCAGCACUAUCUUUUUGAUGACGCUUG